CAAGGUUACAGAUAUAUAGAAACAUUGGGGUAACAUGAAGAACAAGCACAAGAUUUAUAAAGGCAGUUACUGUUCUCGCUGUGACUUUGCUGCUCAAACAAGAAAUAUCUGUAUCACGUGUAGAAGAGACUUUCCUUAGUUAUAUUUACACUGCACUUCGUUACACUCCAGAGAAUAAGUGCAGAAGUUUGUCCAACUUAGAGACAAUCUCAGACCAGAUGAUACAGAAAUCAAGGAUAAAAAAGGGUCAUUUGGUGCAAGAGAUUGAUGAUAAGGACAAAGCUUCCUCCAGGGCUGGAUUAGAGUUUGGGAACAGAAGCCCAUCAGGGUGCGGCUGAGGGUAAUGAAAGGGUCAAUAAGGCGGUGCUGUAAAAAUAUAUAUUUAUAUCCCAUGCUAGGAAUUUGCAGCUUUAUAUAGAGUCGAGGAAGGAUCUGAUCACUCACACUGGCCAUGGCGCUGCACAAAGACUCCUACGUUCCGCUCAAUGAUGGAAACAAAAUGCCAGUGAUUGGCUAUGGCACCUACGCCCCACAGAUGGUCCCCAAGAGCCUGGCAGAGGAGAGCACAAAGACGGCCAUAGAUGUUGGAUACCGCCAUAUUGACUCUGCGUUUAUGUAUCAGAAUGAAGUGGAGGUUGGACGGGCCAUUAGGAUGAAGAUUGCUGAUGGUACAGUGAAGAGAGAGGAUUUGUUUUACACCGGGAAGCUAUGGAGCAAUUUCCACACUCCUGAGAUGGUCCGCCAAGGGCUUGAGAAAUCUCUGAAAGAUCUUCAUUUGGACUACAUGGACCUCUUUAUCAUCCACAUACCAAUAGAGUUCAAGCCUGGAGAUGAUCCCUUUCCAGUGGAUGAAAAUGGAAAAUUUCUUUAUCAUAACACAGACCUUCGAGAUACAUGGAAGGCUAUGGAAGCAGUGAAAGACACAGGGUUGGUCAAAUCCAUUGGAGUCUCCAACUUUAACAAGCGACAGCUGGAGUGGAUCCUCAGCAUGCCUGGACUAAAGUAUAAACCUGUCUGUAAUCAGGUGGAAUGUCACAUCUUCCUGAACCAGAGCAAACUGCUGGCGUUCUGCAAGUCCAAGGACAUUGUGCUGGUGGGAUACAGCGUAUUGGGGUCCAGCAGGGAUGAGAACUGGAUAGAUCAGAAUUCUCCUGUGCUCCUGGAAGACCCCGUGUUGAAUGCAGUCGCUAAGAAGCACAAUCGGACCCCCGCUCAGGUAGCAAUGCGGUACCUGCUCCAGCGAGGAGUCGUAGUCCUUGCAAAGAGCUUUACCCCUGCCAGGAUCCAGCAGAACUUCCAGCUUUUUGAUUUCCAAUUAAAUGCUGAAGAAAUGGAAACCCUUAAUGGAGUCAAUAAAGACGUGCGCUAUGUGGAUUUAAAGCAGUAUGUAUUCGUAACUUUCUUCCUGAAAUCUGCAGAUUUUGCUUCUGGUAAUUCACCGGUAGUUUGUGUUAUUUUACGCUUUAGGGAAUCUUGGGUGAAGAAGUUCUAUUCAGUUUAAAAGGGAAACAAUUUAACAUUUGUGAAAAUGUAAAUUCUAACCCGAGUCAUUGACAG